UACCAUUACAUUCUUAUUCCUAAAGGCCACCCAUCGAGUUGACGAGAGGGUCCGGACAAGGACGAAUACGAAGAGGGAAGAAGACGACGACGAAGGAGAUCAAAGGGACGGACGAACGAUAAGGAAACAGGAAAAGACGGAUAGAGGAGGGCAUGAGCACCUGUAGCGAACAGAUCCGCAUAUACCCAUCGUCUACCUUCUUUGAAUCCUCUAGUCUCUCGAGACUCGUUGCGCGAACCCCCCCGGGCCACUCGGCCAAGGCAAAAAGAGAUACGAACCACGAGCCCUUUAUACAAAGCGAUCCCGAGUGAAAGAAGAGAAAGCCCAUGCUUCUUGCUGCUUGAGGACGACGAGAGUCAGCCAGCAUAAGCCAUCGCGAGCUGACCCCCGGGUCAAGCGAACCCAACCAUCAUGGAGACGACCAAGAAGCCCCUCCGCACCGACGAGAAGGGCGCCGUGGACCCUAACGGCACUAUCAUCACUAACGGCGACCAUGACUACCUCGACAACUCGGAGAACAGACCAUAUCCUGUCCUGCCGGACGAUGGAAACCCCCAGAGCUACGAGUUCGGCGCCUGGAGGGCCGGAGGCAUCCGCUUCGCCCCUUUGCGCAUGCCCUUCCCUCGCCGGCUGCAGACCGCCGCCGUCUUCUUCCACUGCAUGACCAUUGUCGUCCUCAUCUCCCUGUUCUGGUUCACCUGCGCCAACCCUUUGACCUGGCCCCUGCUGGUGCCCUACCUGGUGCAUCUGAGCGUGUCCAACGCGGCGACGGACGGCAAGCUCAGGUACCGGUCAGAGUACCUGCGGUCCUUGCCCCUCUGGCGGUUCUUUGCGUCGUAUUUUCCUAUGAGGCUGCACAAGACGCAUAACCUGCCGCCGGACAGGCGGUACAUCUUUGGCUAUCAUCCACACGGCAUCAUCUCCCACGGCGCCUGGAGCGCGUUUGGCACAAAUGCCCUCGGCUUUUCGGAGAAGUUUCCCGGCAUCACCAAUACUCUCCUGACGCUCGAGUCCAACUUUCGGCUGCCCUUUUACCGCGACUAUAUCCUGGCCAUGGGCAUGGCCUCGGUAUCGAAGGAGUCCAUACGGAACACUUUGACGCGUGGAGGACCCAAGAAUGACGGGAGGGGCCGUGCCGUGACCAUUGUCAUUGGCGGCGCCCGUGAGUCUUUGGAAGCCGAGCCGGGCACUAUGCGGCUGAUCCUCAAGGGCCGCAAGGGCUUUGUCAAGAUGGCUCUACGUACGGGAGCUGACCUUGUGCCGGUCCUGGCAUUUGGCGAAAACGACUUGUACGACCAGCUCAGCCCAAAGACGCACCCGAUGGUCCACAAGUUUCAGAUGUUCGUCCUCAAGGUGUUCAAGUUUACGCUCCCUGCGCUCCAUGGCCGAGGCAUCCUCAACUACGACGUUGGUCUGAUGCCCUACCGCCGGCCGGUCAACGUUGUGGUUGGAAAGCCGAUCCGCAUCGACGUAGAGCCUUGCGAACAGCCGCUGCAAGAGGACGUGGAUCGGUACCACGACUUGUACAUGGAGGAGAUUGAAAAGAUAUGGGAGGCUUACAAGGAUCAGUUUGCCAAGGGACGAACGUCUGAGCUUGUGAUUUCCGCAUGAUUUGGGCUGGCCUCUGAUGUCGACGUUUUCUGGUUUGCGCUUGUUUUACUGAGCUACGGAUUAUGGAUAUCGAAUAUCUUGGAUUUUCUGUCAACUGAUUCGUCAAUGGGUGCCGAAUGCUGAAUCGCUGGGGAGGUCGCGGGUAACGCAUCUCUGAACCGUAAGGCAGGCCUUUGGAUACCUGGGAUAUGAAGCGAGGUCUCUUUUCUCUCUUGGCUUUCCAUUUUGUACAUUUUGUAGAUGUUCUUAUCUGUCCCCUUUGCCUUCUUUCUUCUUGUUGUCAAGACAAAAGCUUGAGCGAG